AUUUUUAAUUUCACGUACACGUGAAAUAUCUGCUUUAAUUUGACUGUUGAUUGAGCUACUACUUUUUUAUCAACAGACUUUCAGGACAUAAACAGUAUAAUUGCACCACAGAUGGUGCUUAUGCUCAUAAAAUUGUCUAUAAACCAAUAUUUAAAUAAUCGUCAAUAUCAAAAUAUUUAUGUCUAAAUAUCAGGACCAAAUUGUCAAAGCGUAAUCAUAAACUUAUAGUAUUUCAAUUUAAAUAAAUUUUCAACUUCGACCUCACGUAUUUGUAGGGAAGUAAAUAUUCUUAGACCUUCGAAGUAACAUUUCCGUACUUGUUUUACGAAUAAAUUUUAUAUUUUUAUAUAAAGAUGGCACAAAUGAAUAACAAUCACAUAAUAAUUGUGUUUUCAAAAGAAACUAGUGCAAGUAAAUUAGCCAAAGUCAAAGAGUUCUGGAAAUUUAUUAAUACUCAGUCGGAUCUUCAGCCUCAUAAAACAAAAGGAAAUGUAUCUAAUGAAAAAUAUCAGAAGAUUAAUGAUGGUAGUUUAAAAACGUCAAUUAAUAAUAAUAAUAAUAAUAAUAAUAAUGAAAAUGAAAAAUCUAACGAUGAAAUUCGGACCGAUACUCUAAAUAUUCAUCAGCAAUUAAAACUAAACUAGAUAAUCCACCUGAUAUCAAAU